AUGAAGGUUGAUGUAUACGAGUGCUCGGUCGGGGACUCCCCUAUCAUGAGAAGGUGUAAAGAUGACUGGGUGAAUGCUACGCAAAUAUUGAAGCUAUGCAAUUUUCCCAAGGCGAAAAGAACAAAGAUCCUUGAAAAAGGCGUUCAACAGGGCCAGCACGAAAAGGUGCAAGGAGGUUACGGAAGAUUUCAGGGUACUUGGAUACCAUUGCCUGAUGCCCGUCGAUUGGCAGACGAGUAUGGAAUCACUGCAGAAAUGGUGCCUGUGUUGUACCUCGACCUUGAUGAUCCCGCCUUGAUUAUACCCAAAAAGUCUAAGCCUCCGUCCGGGUCGUCCAAUAAGGAUGGAACCCCCAUCAAGAGAAAGUACGCCAAGAAACCGAAGAAGGAAACCACCCCAAAGAAGUUGAAGUUCGACUCCGGGCUUCCUCCCCGUGCCAUGUUCAGCCUGGAUUACCCUCCGGCCUUGUCGAGGAAUGGCUCGCAGUUAUCUCAAGUAAACCCUUCUAUGCAACUACAACAACAGAUGCUGGCUCCGCACAUGCCACCAACGUUCCAGCAGCUGGAAUUCAUGUCCAACGGCAUCAUGAAUGGUGGCCAGCGUCUCCCGGUCAACGGCUACCAACCAUACAACCAAAUGCCGGUUCCAGUGCAGAAUUACCUGGGGAUGGUUCCUCAAGCUAAACUGUUCGGAAACUUCCACGGACACAUGGACGAAGUCUCUCAGCAAUUGAUCUAUCAGCAACAUCAAAAAGGCAAUCUGUCGUCCACAAAUGACACGAAUUGGUCACAGGAAGAACACACUAGAGAUUCGGACACUUCAUUAUCGUCUGGUGAUGGGAAAGGUGGAAAAGUUCCUUUGGAGGGUGAUGGCUCAUAUGCUUCGCAGUUAUUGAGAUUUUUCAACGAAGAAAGUGCACCCAUUCCUUACUUCUUAUACAAUCCUCCAGCUGAGUUUGACAUCAACGAAGCCAUCGAUGACGAGGGUCACACCACUUUACACUGGGCCGCUUCCGUUGGCAAUUUGAGUUUGGUCCAGCUCGUGCUCUCCAAAAACGCUAAUGCUUUGACUGUCUCCAACUAUGGAUUGAAUCCACUUUCCAAAUGUAUUGCAUUUACCAACUGUUAUGACCUCAGAAAUUUCCCCAUGAUGAUCGAUGUGCUUGAAAUGUGCUUGAUCAACACAGACAUUAACGGCCGCACACCUUUGCAUUAUCUUUGCCAGUAUCUGAAAGUGGAGUCUAAACUUCCGGCAUUGUCCUAUUAUCUCCAAGUCAUAGUCAACAAGUUGACGGUUAUGUCCAAUAGCAAUAAGAGCAAUGCUUCCAACUUGUCUAAAAUCGUCAUUGACCACCAAGAUGUCAGUGGUGACUCCUGUCUCCAUAUUGCUGCUAGAGUUGGAAGCACUCUGUUCGUUAAAUUCCUUCUAAGUCAGGGAGCAAGGGAUGACUUGAUGAAUCUGAACAAUGAAACUGCUAAAUCCAUCAUCAUGCAAAACGAUCUUUUAGUUUACAAUUUUGAUGCACAGAGUAUCCAGUCAAACCAUCUGUUCCAAUCGCAGCCAUUCCAGCGGGCGGAUACUGAGUUAAAAAGAGAGUCUAUCCAAGGGUUGGGUACCCCAAUUCAGAACUUUGCCAGCAGACGCGCUGAGACACCCGACACACAAAGGACAACUAUUCAAGACGAUGAUGACGAAGAAGUCAACGAUCGUGUCAGCAAAGAACACUUACGAACAUUAUUGGAGGAACAGGCUGGUACUGUUGAAGACAACAAAGAGAACAUAUUCUUGGAAGAGAGUUUCAAGUCUCCGUAUGAUUCCGUAUCUACUCCAAAGCAUGUAAUGGCAAGUCCACUGGCCAAUACCAGACAAAACAUUCUCAGAAUGAUUCCCGAAAAAGUGCCUGAAAGCACUCCCAUUCCAAGACAGGUUGGGGGCCCCAAGUCACACCUUCCUAACCCACCAAAGCUAGACAGUGAGGGAGGCAUAAUUCUGGAGCCACCCAGACUUGAGAAGUUUGAAACUGCUGAUGUCAAAUUACCCAUGAAAGAUGUGAAGUCUAUGAUGCAUGGUAUGAUUAAUCUCCUUUCCGAUUCUUACUCGCAAGAGUUAAGCGGUUUAAAUAUUGAGUUCAAGCGAAUCAAGAGCAUUCUUGUUGAAAAGACAGUCCAAAACAAGAAAUGCAUUGAGAGAGUCAACGUGCUCUUAGGUAAGAACGACUUGGCUGUUGCGGAACUGUUUGAAGGAGCAAAAGAGAUUGUUGAGCAAGAAGUUCGCAACUUUGAUCAGGAACUCAAGCAGAAAGAGACACAAUUAGUUUGCUCGAUCGAGAAAGGACAAGCGUUUGAUCUUGCCAAUCUCGUGCAAGAAAAUGAAAGUGAAUUGGAGCCGCAAGGGGAAAUUGAUGACAACAUGGAAGAGAGAUUAAAGAAAGGAGUGGAAUUGUCGCGAGCGCAAGUACAGAGAAUCGAAUUGGUGAACAAGGUAGCAGAGAGCGUGAAGAACUUUGCGAUCAACGAUAAAAUGAACAAAUACAGAAAAUUGAUCAGUCUAAGUUGUGGCUUACGAGUUGAGGACAUCGACGGGUUAAUUGACGGAAUCGGCGAAUCAUUAAUGGAAGGAUCAAUGUGA